AUGUUGCGAGACCGAUGGGGGCUUGAGUCUCCUGGAGAGCACUCAUCAACUCUUGUGUUUGUGGUUGGAGUUGAGACUGGAGUUGUUGAAGUUGGGCAGGUACUUGUAACCAUCGCAAUCGAGGCUUCCUCCUGUCCACCUCCAACUCCGACAGCUCCUCCCAUUUGCGAGACUCCGCCUCCUGGAGCUUCACCACCAGCUCCUGCAUCCACUGGUGGUGCAACCGAUUGUCCACCCUCCUGUGGUGCCGGAGCAGCUUCUGGAGCAGCGACGCUGGCUCCCUCCAUGGCUGAUUGUUGUCCUCCUUCUGCCAUUUUACUCCUCUUUUUCUUCGAUGUUCACCGAUUUGGCGGUUGGUAUUGGAUUUGUGCGCGGCAACGAGUGCUGGAAGAUGACGAGGAUUGGAAGGGGAGUGGGGUGGGAGGUCUUACCUGA